UUACCAUUGGCGAGUCGAAUGAAUAAACGUGUGAGUGUGAGAAAUUGGUAUUACCGUUGGCGAAUUGAGAACCGUUGAUUCGACUUAAAUGUCAUUACUUUUUCGAAGUUUGGUCUCACUCUAUUGUCGUUAUCGAAUGUUCGUUAAUUUGAACGUCAUUCGAGUUAUUUUUUGUCGAACGUUCAUAUUGUGUGAGAAAAGGUCGAAGCUUAUGCAAAAGAAAUGUCGGAAAAUAAAACAAUCUGCAAGAGAACUAAUAAAAAUCAGUUCGAAAAGCUAGUCGAACUGAUGGAAUCGAACCCAAAUCUAGCGAGAGGUGUUGGAGAGUUUGGUUCUUCCAAAAAAAACCAAAAGGAAUAUUGGGACCAAUUUGCUACAACCCUCAACUCACUUGGGCCACCUACUCGUGAUGGAAAAGAAUGGAACAAGGUUUGGCUGGAUUAUAAGCUCAAAAUCAAAAGGAAACUUUCGAUGAAUAAAGCCGAAGUGGUGGCAACUGGUGGAGGUAAAUACUCUCAAGUUUCCUUAACACCUUUGGAACAAGCUGUGGAUGAGCUGCUUGGACUUGAGCAAGCUGUAAGGCCAGAAGGUAUGUGCUUUGGUUCAUCUCACCAAAUUUCAGAGGACUUAAUUAUCGGCUUACAAGACAUUGAAGUGCUCAACGAAAAAGACCCUGGUGAAGCCGAUAAACAAAAAUCACCACCGCCCCCACUACCAGCAAUGAAAAGAACCACAAUGAAUGAAAAUUCUGAAAAAGAACGCCUUCGCUUGUUACAAGGCCAAACUGCAACACAGACAGAGUUGGUAAAAAUCGAAAAAGAAAAGUUAAGUUUUCUGUCCGACAUCGCCAGAUUUUCCAGAAAAAGCUACGAAAUUCAAAGAGAGAAGCUUGCUCUAUUAAAAGCAGCAGAAAAAAGGAAAGAAAAAGAAAAUUUCGAUAAAAACCGUCGCCAUGCUGAGUAUCUGGAAAUGGAAACGAAAAAGCACGAAUUGGAGAUGCUUAAAUUUAAUUUAAAAAAUUAAAAUAAUUUUUUUUCCUUGUACUUUUCUUAUAGUUAUGAAUGAAUUCUUUUCCUUUUUUUCUUGUUAAUAAAGAGUUACGACUUAAUUUUUAAAUCAAAUAUAUUUUUUAUUAUUUAUGAAAGCAAAAUAAACUUGAACUUGAAUUUCAUCCCAA